AUGGCUCUGCAGGAUGUGUGCAAGUGGCAGGCCCCCGGCACCCAGGGACCAUCGCCUCACCUGCCUCAGGCGGGUGGCUGGGCCGUGCCCCCAGGCUGGGACCCUCAAACCUUCCUGCGGAUCCACGGCCCCAGGCUGGCGCAUGGCACCACCACGUUGGCCUUCCGCUUCCGGCACGGAGUGAUCGCCGCCGCCGACACACGGUCCUCCUGCGGCAACUAUGUGCAGUGUCCGGCCUCACGCAAGAUCAUCCCCGUGCACCAGCACCUCGUGGGCACCACCUCCGGCACGUCGGCCGACUGCGCCGCCUGGUACCGCGUGCUGCGGCGGGAGCUGCGGCUGCGGGCGCUGAGGGACGGUCAGCUGCCCAGCGUGGCCGGUGCCGCCAAACUCCUGUCGGCCAUGAUGUCCUGCUACCGGGGGCUGGAUCUGUGCGUUGCCACCGCGCUGUGUGGCUGGGACCGCUCCGGCCCUGCCCUCUUCUAUGUCUACAGUGACGGCACCCGCCUGCAAGGGAACAUCUUCUCGGUGGGCUCAGGAUCUCCCUAUGCCUACGGCGUGCUGGACCGCGGCUACCGCUACGACAUGAGCCCCCAGGAAGCCUACGCCCUGGCUCGCUGCGCCGUGGCCCACGCCACCCACCGCGAUGCCUACUCCGGGGGUGCUGUAGACCUUUUCCACGUGCGGGAGAACGGAUGGGAGUAUGUGUCCCGCAACGAUGCCUGUGCGCUGUACUCGGAACUGCAGAAGCUUCCGGAGCCAGGGAAGGAGGAGGAGGAGGAGGCCCGCUGGGAUCAGCCUGAGCCAGUCACCCUGCACAGAGACUCCAGGAUGCCCGCGGGGACUGAGAUGCUGUGA